CUCUCUCUCUCUCUCUCUUGCAUCAGCUGUGCAAUGAGAAUAUAUACAUACCCUGAUCUUGUGCAGGGACUUGUAACCUCACAAAAACAGUUUUGCAAGCCACGUGGUAUUUUGUCGUGUCCAGUGUUUCCAGAGUGUCCAGAGGAUGAAGAGAGAAGAAAUAUACAUCUACUUCAUCUAUUUAAUCGCUAAGAAACAAAAACAUAGUUAAUAAUUAAUCGAAAGAAGAAAGCAAUAUAUUUGAAAAUAUAAAAUAUAUACGCACAUAUACAGAGAAAAAUAUUUUUUGGAGAACAAUUUUGCCUGUGUGCAAUAUUUGUACGUGUUUUCUUGCCGGCUAUCUAUGUUUUAAAAAUAUAUUUCGUAAUCGGAAAAAUGUCGCAAAUAUUCAUCAAGCGCUUCACCGAUUUUCUGGAGGAUCAUAAGCCUAAGGAAGCUCUGAAACUUUUUAUGACGGAGGACAAUGAAGUAAUCGAGGACUCUGUAAGCGAGAUUGUGUCUGUCACCGCUACUUAUCUUACGGAAUCUGACUCGCAAUCCAGACAAGAACUAUUUGAAUGCUGCAAGAAUGUCUUAAACAUCAUAGCAGAGAGGUGUAAUCCUAUGGAAACUGUACUGGAGUUCCUAGAACAAAUAGAAUGUUCGGAUAACGAUAUUAAAUUCUGUACCAUCUUGGAACCACUAGGUAUAUGUAUGAUGAAAAUGCAGGACAAGAGCAAGGCUAUUGAGUGGUGUAUCAAUACCAUCAAGUCAUACAUCGAGGAUUUAGCAUCAUUGCACGAUGCUGAUAGCAAUAGAAUUGUGAAUGUAUAUAAAGACAUCAUAUCUUUCUUGGAACCAUUGGUGCAAGAAGCAGUGAAGAUCAACUCUAAACUCGAGGAGGGAUCACUGUUUGGGGAUUAUCUUUUGAGCUUUCUCAUUUCACUGUGCGAGAAGCCUUUCUACUACUGGAACAAAAACAUUGUUGAAGAAGCGACAUAUAAAGAAUUCUCAGAGAAAAUAAUAACACUGUCAUUUUAUCUGACUGAAGAUAUAUUAUAUUUUUUGAACAUUGUUAGCAAACGUCGUAGAAAUAUCAUCCGCAACAAAGUGCAAGAUGGACAUUUAUACACUGAAAGUUAUAAACGUAGUAUGCUUUUCGAAUCAAGUGAUAACGUAUCGAAUUUGGCCUAUGCUAACUUUUAUUGUUACAUAUUUACCAACAAAGACUAUUGGAAAAAAGCACCACAAAUUUAUAGUCCUUAUUACAUUCUUGAAACAUGCGCAUAUUUUUUUGAAAUUUUGCUUUGCAAAGAGGAAGACAUAAUAAUCUCGAAUGGAUUAAUUUUCAUGGAAACUGUUAUAAACCGCAUCUCACCUCGGUCUAUAGAUUCUAAAGUGUUGGGACUAAAAAUAUAUUCAGAUUUAUUUAAGCCAAUUAUUAAAGUAAUGAUUUAUUGUAAUGAAGAUACAGAACGAAAAAAAGCAUUACACAUUUUUCAAAAGUAUAUCGAGAUAUUCAAUAUGGAAGCUAGAUAUUCUGUUAUUUUAUAUUUGUACGAAAUUAGUGAUCAUUCUGGUUUAUUGAGCUUGAUCAUUAAUAUAUUUAAAUCUUCUAUCAUUGAUUGUCUUAACUCGACUCCACGAAAUCCCCAGUUUCUAGGAAAGAAUUUGGAGUUGAUAUUGAAAAAGAUUUGUAAUUUGCCAUACAGAAGUUCGACGGAUUUAGUGGAGAUAUCGGACGAAGUUAUUACUGCACUGAACUUACUGAGAUUCUUGUUUAUCAGAGAUAAACACAAUGAAACGGGUAUUUGGAGUAUUACAAAUGUGCUAAAAAAUGAUUAUUUGAAUCCCUUGAGAGAGGGAAUAGAUUUAUGUAGAGUGCAUUGGAAAGUGAAGAUAAAAGACUUGGAGCAACAAAAAAAGGAUUAUAAUAAAAUACACAAUUAUAAUGAGAUGAAGAAGGCCCACGCGGAAGUCACGUUGACCAUUGGUGGUGAACAAUUACCAGUAAUGCCACUCCCAGAAAAAAUUUCUUUCUGUUACCAAGCGAUAAAUGGUUUGGAUGUAAUGGAAAGUAUUCUUAUCCGGGUUAAUGAAUGUAUAGAUACUGACAAAGAAUUCCCAUUGUAUACUAUAGCGGAGUAAAAGUAUGAAACCAAUCAAGAUUAUCAUAAUUAAUAAUGGUUUUAGACGUUUAUGGACUUCCAGGGCUUUGCUGGCCGAUCAAUCUGAAAAUGAUAGUGACAAAAAGACAGGACCGCAACAGUCUAUACACGAGGAGAGUGAUGAGGAAUAUGAGAAAAAUAUUGAAACAAAAAUCCUUGGUGCCUCUCUAAAAUUUGUUCCUGAUAUGGGAUGGAGCAAACAGGCUAUCAGUGCUG